AUGGCUGCCGCUGACCCCAUCCUGCCCCCUGAGGAGGUGGCUUUGCUGGAGCUGGGAAAGGUGGCCCUGGCCACCCCCCUGGAUGAGGUGCCACCAGCCCCAGAUGAACACCUGGGGGACCCUGAUGCCACCCUGCCGUGGGACCGGUGCCAGCACGGCGCCUCGGGCCAGCCGGAGCCCACAGAGGCAAAGAGGCGCUCAAGUCCUGAAGGGGGCCGCGAAGACCCGGAGGAGGCUGCUCUCCCCUGCCCCCCAGCUGAGGCUGAAGAUGAGGAAGACCCCGGGCUGGCCGUAGCCUCAGUGGUGGGGGCCCUGCUCCUCUGCCCCUGCCUCAUCUACGGGGCCUACGUCUUCCUGCCUUUUGACGCCCCGCUGCUGCCCACCAUCAGCGCCCGCCUGGUCUACACGCUCCGCUGCGCAGCCUUUGCCACGUUCCCCAUCGUUCUGGGGAUGAUCGUCAGCGGAAUCUCCCGCCUCUGCUUCUCUGCACUGGAGCCCUUCGGGGAGCUGCAGCGGGAGGUGGAGAUCCACCGCACCUAUGUCUCCCAGUCCGUCCAUCUCUUCAUCCUCUACUUCUUCAACAUGGCUGUGCUGGCCACCUACCUCCCACAGGAGGUCCUCAAGCUCAUCCCCCUGCUCACGGGGCUUUUUGCCAUCUCCCGGUUGAUUUACUGGCUGUCGUACGCCAUCGGACGCUCCUUCCGCGCCUUCGGCUUCAGCAUGACCUUCCUGCCCCUCCUGGCCAUGCUACUCUGGAACCUGUACAGCAUGUUCGUCCUGGAGCCCGAAAACCUCCUGGCUGUGGCAGCACCAAAGCCCGACGACCGCUCCAAGGACGGCAGAGCCAAACUCCGGUACUGGGGGUGA